AUGCGGUCGUCAACAGUAAACAUUGGAUGUUUGCCAUCGUCAACAUCGGCCGCGACAACAAAGAUCCUGUUGACUUUUUUUCUCGGCGUCAUCUUCUCCAACAUCGUCGUCAACGCACAGUCACAGGCACAGUCACAAGCAGAUCAACAAUACACCAAUGACUUUUCCAUGUACCCGCAGGCGGCCCAGGAGUGCCUGCAAAGAGCCGCCAACACUUCGACAUGCACAGGUACCACGCAUGCCCAGAUUAACGCCUGCCUCUGCCCGGGCACCGACAUCAGCAGCUUCCCCGUCCGAGCCGCCAUCUGCAUUGGUCGCAGGUCGCCCGGCGACCUCUGGGCCGUGUACGCACUCCUGAAGGCCGACUGUGAGGACUCCAAGACGCCCCUUGCCUUUACGAGGGGCCGCUUCAUGCAGACCGCCUUUGAUGCGAGCACUUCGUUUACCGGCGGCGGAGAUAACAGCGACAAUGCCUCUUCAGGCGACUACAAGAACCAGAACCCGACGAAAGGGGUGGCGCUGUCUGCUGAGACCAAUGGUGCCACGACGGCGGGUAACAACAACAACAAUAACAACAACAACAACAACGACAGUAACAACAACAAUAACAACAACAACAACAACAACAACAACAACACGACCGGACUGACCAUGAUGACCAAGACAGGCAUCAUCAUCUCAUGCGUUAUCGUCGGGUCGCUCCUCGGUGCUAUAAUAACGUAUUGCUUACUACUGCGAUGCAAGAAGAAGCCCAACCCGGGGAUGCAGAUGCACGACUCAGAGAAGCGACCCAUCUUCUCCAGUGCUAGCAGCUUGAAAGGUGGCACCAACACAUCCCUUUCGAGGGCUUCCACGCUCGUGUCGGCGCGCAACUGGCGUAUGAUGGACCAGAGCACAAUGCGAUCCCCUUCUGCGCCAGCCGGAAGCGUAAGAGGAAUGCCCUACUCCGAGGCACCGUCACCCAUGACCCCUCAGGGGCAGUGGGUACUGGACCCUUCAACGGGCAGGUACGUGCUCGCCGCCGGCGUGCCGCCUCUUCCCACCACCGCGCUGGGCCCACGCAUGCCCCUGCCUUCGAUACCGCCGACCCCUGUGCUGGCCCCUGUCGAGGCCCCCGGGGUCGACGUGCCGGUCGAGAUGCCCUCGACCCCCAGCACAGUGACGAUGUGCAACUGGGGCACGCAAUCGCAAUCCCAGGCGAACUCGCAGUUCAUGCACACUACACACCAACCAUACGCCAUCCAAACGUCGAUUUUCCACCAAAACACCCAGAACGGUCAGAGGAGUCAGGGAACCGGCGCGGAGGGGGCAUCACCUAGCUCAAUAUACUCACCAAACGCGACGUCGCAGCCAAAGCCCGCGGCAGGCGUCCCCAAGCGGCAAUACAGCCUUAGAAACAUGUUCCAUACCAGACAGCCGAGUAAAAAUCCGGCAUAUUGGAUCUAG